AAGGGCCCUUGGUCCCCCGAGGAGAGUCAGCGCCUGGUGGCACUGGUGCAGGUGAUGGGCCCCCAGGACUGGGUCUGCAUCGCCUCCUUCAUGGUCUCUCGCAACGCAAAGCAGUGCCGUGAGAGAUACCACCAGAAUCUCGACCCGACUCUGCGGCACGACCCCAUCACUGAAGACGAGGCCUUCCGCAUCAUGGAGCUGUACCGCAAAUACGGCACAGCAUGGGCUCGCAUCGCCGAGCAACUCCCGGGACGCAGCGACAACGCCAUCAAGAACUACGUCAACGGCCUCGUCAACAAG